AUGGGUGUGGCCAGCAGCUCCAGGUCAACUGUGAUUGGAGGACUGGAGGGGUUCAGGAAGUACAUGGUCCGAGUUGACUCCGUCACAGAGCAUGGUGAACGACCUGAUGGGUACUAUGUCAGGCUACACCUCCUCAACCAGGCCCGCCCCAGGGAACUCUGGGUGAAUAAGUCCAGGUGUGUGGUCCUGGGCAUGUUCAGUCCAGGGCAGACCUACGAGCUGGGUGUGGCUUCAGUGAGAGGAGGGAACAAGAGCCAAGAGAUCAGCACCACAUACACCACAGUCCCAGGAGCCCCACAGGAAGUGCUGCUGGUGGAAGAGGAUGUGACCUCAUCAGUGUUUGUGAGCUGGGGAGCCACCGCAGGGGGCAUGAAGAGGUACAAGGCUGAUGUAUCCAGUCUGAGUUCUCGAACAGCGUUUACGGUCAUGGUGACCGCCGCAUCCUCCUCCAACCUCAGCCCUCCGGUCAGCCGCAUUAUCAACACCAACGAAACCGCCCCAAAAUCCCCUCCAACCAAUCUAGAGGGAGAGAGGGUGGGCUCCAAUGGGAUCCUUCUGUCUUGGACCAUGCCCUCUGACUCUCCCAUUGACGGUUAUGUGAUCAGGUACAAGGAGAUGUGUCCAUAUCCAGACACCACCUUCAAAGAGGUGCCCAAACACCUGGAUGUCCCUGAGACUCUCCUCAACCUCUUUUUACCAGGAUCUACCUAUAACAUCAAGGUUGCAGCAGAAAAUUCUGCUGGUAUUGGACCCUAUAGCAAGUCUCUGUACAUCAAAACUGCUGAGGCCCCCCCCGGCCUGGUGACUAACCUGACAGCGUUUGCUCAGAACCACACGUUCGUAGUGGUCACGUGGUUCCUGCCGCUCCGCAUCAACGGUCUGAUCACCAAGUUUGCAGUUAAAGCCAAACACGCUCGUACCGGUCAGACCGUCCGCAUGCUGGAGCUGGAUGCUGAGGAAAUCAUGACCGUAGCGCUACCACACUGCAACGAUGCAGCAGAAAUCCUGUCUCGUGGGACCCCCAGUCCAUCAGAGGUGACAGCGUCCUCUCCUCCCGUCACCCUGUCAGCCGUCCCGCCUGCCGCCACCUGGGCUGUACCAAUAUCUGUAGGGGUGGACCAGCUGCGCCCCUACACAGCAUACGUCUUCGAAGUGUCUGCUUUCACCUCCGACGGAGAGGGACAGGUCGCCUCCACCAUGGUCCGCAUGCCUGAGUCAGCCCCAGAGGACCCUCCCCACAACCUGUCGGUAUGGAACGUGACGUCUAAGUCAGUCUCUGUCUCCUGGGAUCCGCCAACCAUUGUUACCGGACGCUUCAGCUACGUCACCUAUCUCUAUGGCCCCACAGGGUUUAUCUAUGAGAACAGCACAGGGGACCUGAAGUUUGUGUACUCUGGUCUGACUCCCUACACACACUACAGAGUGGCCGUCCGGGCCAAGUCUGCUGGCCUGCUGGGGCCUGAGGCCUUUUCUGCUGCACUGACACAUGCUGAGGCUCCCAGUGCGGUGAAGGCUCUACAGGCAGUAGCAGUAGACUCUGUGUCGGUGCGUGUGAGUUGGAGAAGCCCUGCCCAGCCCAAUGGUUUGAUCACACAGUACAGACUCCUGGUUCUGUCUGACAACACACUGCUGCAGGACAUCAACCUCAUCGGAACACAGAAUCUAAAUGACACUGAUCUCCUUGGUGAUGGAACAUUAGUGCCAGGUAUCCCUGGUGACUCUCUGCGGCGUAAGAGAUCAUCUGACCUCAGCCUGACCACCUCUCCACCUGCAUUCACGGUCACCCUGCCCUACCACACGGUCGUCACUGGCAUGACCAUGACCGCAACCAGCCGCACACACAGCGGUUCAACCCCCCCUGACCUUAACCCUAACCUUGACCACAACAGUUACACUGUCCCCACAGUCACUGAGAGUCCCAGUCUGACCAGUAUGGGCCCUGGGACUGGGACUGACCAGACCUCUGACUUGCCAGAUUCCUCCCCUCUGACCUUUGACGCUGUAACUUCAGGGACAUCUGCCCUCUCCCUGACCUCUUCAACCCCGGCCACACCCCUCCCCUGGCUCACUGCCCACUCACAGCCCAGCCAGCUCACCUCUGGCCAGCCACGCCUCUCCACCCGCUCUGCACCUGCAGCCACUGGACACCUCCAGACACACCCCUCCACCAGGGCUGCAGCCUCCAGCACCCCGGGAGGAGUGUAUGUGAGAGAGGAGGUGAUGGACAUGCAGUCUGAGGAGCUGUCUUACCUAGUCUCUGGUCUUAGUCCCUUCACUGAAUACACCUUCACCGUUACCGCAGCUACCUCUAUUGGAGAGGGUCCUGCCUCACACGUCUCUGAGAAGACCCGCGAGCAGAUUCCUAGCUCAGUGGUGGGUGUGUCCUAUCAGAACGUUAGCUCCACCUCCAUCCUGGUCAGCUGGAAUCCGCCCCUCAACCCCAACGGACUAAUCACACAUUACACCAUCUACGGACUCAACCUGCACAGCAACCAGGCCCUGCAGAGAGUUACACACAACACAAGCAUACUGCUCACAGGGCUGGAGAAGUAUACAGGUUAUAAGCUGCGAGUGGCUGCAUCUACUGCUGUAGGAGAGAGCUCUCUGUCUGACCUAGACAAUAUCUUCGCUGUCACACCCGAGGAUGAACCUGACUCCCCACCCUUAGGGUUAACAGUGGUAGACACCUCUCCCUCCACCACCACCCUCUCUUGGUCACCCCCGGAGAGAGCCAAUGGGGUGAUCCAACAGUAUGAGGUCCUGUACGAGAACCAAUCGUAUGUGGCAGUGUUCAACAGCUCUGUCCCCAGAGUGACUCUGACAGGGCUGAUGCCAUUCUCCUACUAUAACGUGUCUGUCAGGUCAUACACACGCCUCGGACACGGGAACCAGACCUCAGACACACUCACUAUGCUGUCUGGGGAGGACGUACCGGGAAGUCCUCCCUACGGCCUGUCCUAUGUGUCCGUCAGUCCCAAUGAGGUGAAUGUGACCUGGGAGCCCCCCCUAGUGCCCAAUGGAGUUAUCACGCACUACAGCCUUGAGCUGCGAAACUCUUCUCACUUCCUCAACCUGACCACACCCAUCAGCCACGCCCAGAUCACACACCUAAGGAAGUUUGCACAAUACACUCUGGUGGUGAAGGGACACACACGCAUGGGCCCUGGAAACCACAGCAGUGACCCACUCAACAUCACCACACUGGAGGAUGACCCAGAUACUCCCCCUCAGUUCCUGUUAGCCAGGAAGUUGUCAGACUACGAGGUAGAAUUGUCAUGGGAACCGCCGAAAGAGACCAACUCUGAGAUCCUCUACUACAUAGUCAGAGUUUGGAAUGAGUCAUCUGAGGUGUGGCAGAAUGUAACAGGUACAGCGGUGGUGAUCAGCGUUGACUCAGAAAGUCGCUACAACGCCUCUGUCUCCAGCUGGACACGCCUGGGGGACGGGGGAGUCCUCAUAUACAUCAGCUUCAGUAUUAUUGACGCAGUGCCAUUUGACCCUCCCCAGAAUGUGUUGUUGGUGAACCUGACCUUUUCCUCAGUGACCGUCCUCUGGCAACCCCCCACUCAGCCAAAUGGAAUCCUCCUGCACUACACUCUGUACUACUCAGACAAUACCACUGUCACAGAACAGCAUAUCCCAGUGUCAGAGCUGGACCCUGUCUCUCUGGGGGAGGACCUGUCCUACUGUCUGUCUGGCCUGAGAGGAGGACAGAACUACAGCCUCUGGCUGACCUCCAGCACCAUGCAGGGGGACGGAGGGCCACGGGACCUCCAGCUCACCCUGCCUCUCCUGCCCUGCCAAGCCCAGCAGGUGCCCAGUGAUCCGGUCCACAAUCUCAGUGCUCAGAUCUUCAGUUCUACGGCCAUCAUAGUAAGCUGGGACCCCCCUAUGGAACCCAACGGACGCCCCUUCUACCUGCUCACCCUGCAGGAGGCAGGACACCCCCAACCCCCUAAACCUCUGAAACCCUCUUAUCCUAACACCAACUCCCCCGGACCACCCGCUGUCAACAAUACCAUCACCAAGACAACCAACGAUAACGUCUUCCUGUUUACCAAACUCAGGAAGUACUAUCCCUACAUCCUCACUGUUACCCCGGCAACCAGCGCUGGCCUGGCCCACAACCACACCAGCCUGCUGCACGUGAGGACUGAUGAUGAUAUCCCCAGUUCAGCUCCAGUGCUGGUGUCCAGUAGGAACCUGUCGUCCUCCUCUGUGUCUGUGGUGUGGCAGCGCCCCCUGGAGGCCAACGGAGAGAUAACAGAGUAUUCCCUCACAAUGUUCAGCUCUGCCGGCUCCAACACCACACACACUCCCAACACCACCCUCAUACUCACACAGCUCCUGCCCUACACAGCCUACAACCUCUCCAUCACCGCAGCCACCCGCAAGGGCUCCGGACCACCGCUACUACUGAUGCUGCACACAGAUGAAGCAGCCUUCUCUGUGUGGCUGACCUGGGAACCCUCUCUGGAACCCAAUGGUGUGGUCACAAACUACGGCUUCAGGAUCUGGGAGAUCAACACAAACACAAUCAGAUACCAGAACUCUACAGGUCCAUGGACAGAAGGACAGCUGAGUGGGUUCAGACCUCACCGCUCCUAUGAGAUCAGUGUGUUUAGCUACACCAGAGUGGGUCAUGGAGACCAGUACAGCACUCCUGUGUCCUUCACAACCAAUGAGUCAGUGUCUGAGGCGGUGGGUAACCUGUCCUGCUCUGGUCUGGGCUGGGACUCUGUGUUUCUACACUGGGAGCCUCCAGCCAACCCCAAUGGACUCAUCCUGUACUACCAGGUCCAGGUGGACACACACUCAGACUCACAGUCAUACAUACACCAGGCUGACACAAACCAGUACACGGUCAGCGGGCUGGCGCCGGACGCAGAAUUCACACUCACUGUGACGGCUGUCAACUCUGCCGGCCCAGGAGACCAGAUCAACUGUACUGCCUACACACACCCUGAGUCAGUGCCUGGUGUCCCUCGCUUCCUGAGUGUGUCAGAGACCACGUCCACCAGCGUGACGCUCCAAUGGGCUGCUCCCCUCUCUGCUCCGGGCAUGCUCAUUGAGUACCGCAUCACUGUGCAGCUGCUUUCACCGGACUGCCUGUCCAACACACCCCUUUCUGAAGCCACACCUCUCCCAGAGCCGACCCCUUCCCUGGCUCCAGGCUGCGUGGAUCAGGAGGUGUUGGUGUCAGUGAAUGGUUCUGAUGGUGGUGAGGGCAACAGGAGCAUCACUCUCCAGUCUCUGGCCAAGUACCGCCUCUACCGCUUCAGAAUCAUAGCCCUUACUAAUGCUGGGCCAGGAGAACACACACCCUGGAGAUACACGCACACACUGGCUGGGAACCCUGAUGCCCCUCCCAGCGACCUCUCGUUGACCAUGUCCUCCAACAGCCUCCGUAUCGAAUGGCAACUCCCAGAUGUGAUCACCGGCCCCACUUCCUACCUCAUAGACGUAAUCUCUCUGGAUAGCGAGGGGUUAAACCAGUCUGUAGUACGCGGUCCAGAGGAGCUGAGGACCGUAGUUGUGUCGAACCUGACUGCGUUCACUCGCUACUCUGUGACCGUGACUGCCUUCACUGGACGACUGGAGAACGCACGGCGGGACGGACAAGCCACUGAGCCCACUGUCAUCAGAACAAUGGAGGAGGAGCCCAGGGAUCCUCCUAAGAAUGUGACCCUGCAGGUGAUUCCAGAGGAAGUGACCCGUGUGUUUGUGACCUUUGCCCCCCCGGAGGAGCCUAAUGGGAACAUCAGUUCCUACACGGUGCUGGUCUACCGCCAGGGUCAGCUAGAGAUGACCAUCGACCGCCUCACCGUGGUCCAAAACAAGAACCGCACCCUGACCGCAGUCAUCGACGGGCUAAAAGGAGGCUACAACUAUAGUAUACGGAUUGCAGCAGUAAACGGAGCAGGUUUAAGCCCCCCCAGCUCAGAGGUUCAGAUCACUACAGGGAUCAAAGCUCCUGCCAAGCCCACACAGAGACCCCAGGCGGUGCUGGACCGAGGAGGAGUUGCAAUGGUAACCUCCAGGAGCAUCAUUGUUCGCAUGCCAACCUGUUUCUACAGCAAUGACAACGGACCAAUCAGAGGCAUCCAGGUCAUCAUGUCCGAAUCUGGGGUGAUGGACAGCAUGAACGUGACCAACUGGAAGACAGCAUUUCUCUCUCAUCCCGCCCCCUACCUGACUGACAAUGGCUUCCCCAACCCACUCUGUGUGAAGGACCGUAUGAGCAGGGACACACACACACAAACCAGCAGACUCACUGACUCACACAUUAGACACAGCAUUGUGAGGGACAGGGUUCUGGAACAUAGAGACUCAGUGGGGGAGCGCAUAGACCACCAGGAUGAUCACUAUGUCAUCGGAGAGGAGGACAACUGUCUGACUAAAGAGUACAGUAACACACUCUGUAACGGACCCCUCAAACCAAACACUGUCUACGUGUUUAAGUUCCGAGCCACCAACAUCCGGGGCCAGUACACAGACUCUGACUACUCUGAGCAUAUCAGAACCGCAGUGGAUGGUUUGUUGACCAGAGAUGAACAGAUCCUUCUGGGAGUUCUCCUCUCCUUCUUCCUGACCCUGCUGCUCAUCCUCAUCAUCUACGCCUCUGUCAGGAUCCGUCAGCGUCAGAAGGAGGGCGGGACCUACUCUCCCCGGGAGGCGGAGAUUAUAGAGACAAAGUUUAAACUGGAUCAGCUGAUUGCUGUGGCCGACCUGGAGCUGAAGGAAGAGAAACUACACCGACUUCUCAGCUACAGAAAGUCUCUCAAGCCGGUCAAUAAGAAGUCUUUCCUGCAGCAUGUAGAGGAUCUAUGUGCCAACGAGAACACCAAGUUCCAGGAAGAGUUUGCAGAGAUGCCCAAACUGCUGCAGGAUCUGGCUACAUCAGACGCUGACCUUCCCUGGAACAGAUCCAAGAACCGCUUCACUAACAUCAAACCCUACAACAACAACCGUGUGAAGCUGCUGUCUGAACCUGGCAUGCCUGGAUCUGACUACAUUAACGCUAGCUUCAUCUCAGGUUACCUGUGUCCUAGUGAGUUCAUAGCGACCCAGGGUCCUCUCCCCGGCACUGUGGCUGACUUCUGGAGGAUGAUCUGGGAGACUCGCACACGAACCAUCGCUAUGCUCACACAGUGCUACGAGAAAGGAAGGAUCCGGUGUCACCAGUACUGGCCAGAGGACAAUAAGCCGGUGACAGUUUUUGGGGACAUCAUCAUCACCAAGCUGACAGAGGACAUCUAUCCUGACUGGACCGUCAGAGCUCUCAAAGUGGAGAGGCAUGGGGACUACAUGGUGGUUCACCACUUCAACUUUACCUCCUGGCCAGAGCAUGGCGUUCCAGAGUCCAGCACCACACUCAUACAGUUUGUUAGAGCCAUCAGAGCCAACAGGCAUGAGAACACCACUAUAGUGGUACACUGCAGUGCUGGCGUAGGCAGGACAGGAGUGUUUAUAGCGUUGGACCACCUGAUCCAACACGUGAGUGAUCAUGACUUUGUGGACAUCUACGGUCUGGUGGCUGAACUACGCAGUGAGAGGAUGUGUAUGGUGCAGAACCUGACCCAGUAUAUGUUCCUACACCAGAGUACUCUGGAUCUGCUGAACAGUAAAGGAAACAGCCAGUCCAUCUGGUUCGUCAACUACUCUGCUCUGGAGAAAAUGGACUCACUGGAAGCUAUGGAGGGUGAUGUUGAGCUGGAAUGGGAGGAGACUACGAUGUAAAGGCUGAGAAUUUAUCAGUCAACUUCACACCUGAUAAACACACAUCUAUCCCUGGGUCAUGGGGGGCCAAAUCCUGGACACACUGACUGUUUGUCAGAUGGAUUGCUUCACCAGAGAUAGAGGGAGAGAAAGAGAAGGAGAGAUGAUAGAAACAGUGAAAGAGAGAGAAUUGUGUAGUCCAAACAGAGUAAUGUUUCCUCCAGCUUCAUUGGGAACACAAGUUGCCCUUAUCUGGCAGGAGGGUCAAAACAACACAACAGAAACUUAGUUGUUUACCUGGCCUGAAUCCUCACACCAUUACAGUCCUCUUGGAGCCCUGCGUCUUUUGUGUAAGUCCACAGGUAGAAAAGAGAGGGAUAUAUAUCACACAUGUAAGUUUACAGGUUGCACUAGUCAUUCCACUGUGUAUUUUAUUGGAUUCUUGUAUCAUGUUCUUGUAUAUUAAGUUCUUCAGCCAAAUAGUGUUGUGUCACUGUGUUCAGAAGUUUGCUUCGCUGUGUUACUAUGUUUAUAUCACGUGUUGCUAUGUUUGUCAUUGUAAUUGGGGGGUUUGAGGUAUAAUGUAUUUGUGGGGUAAUCUAGUGUAUUUGAUGUAUUUUCUCUGAGUGUUCCACAUCUGUGUUUUGGACCAGAAGUAAAAUCAACUCCACUACUCACCUACUCUGUCUGUCUGUCUGUCUGUCUGUCUGUCUGUCUGUCUGUCUGUCUGUCUGUCUGUCUGUC